CUCCCUUUCUGUAUGCAAGAUAGAAAAAGAUAGCCCAGUUUUUCCUAUAUUAGAUUUUCCACUGAUGCUAGAAAUCUUAUCAGCUGUUUUCUUUUAAUCAUGCCAAGUCACCAUUUAUUACAUUUUCCUAUCCAGUAGUGAUUUCUUUUUCAAAAUAAUUCAAACAAGUCGGAAGUUUUGUGAUGACACAGUAAAUGUUUUUGUUUUAGUGAUGUUUAAGGAUGACGGACUAUAAACUAGCAGCAAAAAUGUUAAAAAGAAAAAACUUUACGGGUUUCCUUACCCAUUUAGCAAUUUCGUCCAUACUCCUAUCAAAAACAGCACUCGGCACCGGUUCUCAAUUGAACCUAUCAACUUUACCCCAUGAAAAAUUAUUACCAACAGAUUUUUCCACAAAUCCACUUUUAAGGACAAAAAGGGCUGAAAUCGACAUACAAACGUGCAUUGAGAAUUUUAAUGUGCACAGAGACAAAAUAAUCAGGACACAAGAUUCCCAAAAUAUGGGGGCAAAAUAUCUAAACGAAAUCGAUUUGGGCAGUCGAGAAGAAUGUUUGAGAUUAUGUUGUGAAACGGAAAAUUGUGAUGUUUUUGUGUUCGAGGAAAAGAAUUCAGGUAGCUGUUAUCUUUUCCACUGCGGCCCACCAGAAGACUUCAAGUGUAAAUUUACCCAUCAUGUGAAUUAUUCAAGUGCCGUUUUGUCCAUUAAUCGACGCUUGCCCGAUUUGGAAAGUCAAAUUAAGCUUACCAAACAUGUGCAGGAUUUAACUAAAUUAAGAAUGCCGGAACUUGAAUCACCAUCAGAAAUCUUAAGACCAGAAACAAUAAAACCAACUCCUGCCACUACAUUAACUCCAGUUAUUACCAAAGAAGUACUACCACUGCCACUUGAUAAACAAGUUGAAGCUCGAAAAUGCAGCAGAUACCAAUUUGAAUGUCGAUCUACUGGUGAAUGUAUUGCUAUAUACAAUGCAUGUGAUGGUAUACCGCAAUGUGCUGACGGAAGCGAUGAAGCACACGAAUUAGGUUGUCCAGCUCUAGAAGCUGUAGCUAGUGCUGUAGCCCAAACAACUCCCACUCCUGCACCAAAAAAUUUGCUUCCAUUAAUACAUCAGGUACCUGCAGGAGCUCAAACAUAUGGCAGAGAAGGAGAAUUGGUUCAACAACCGAAACUUCAACCACAAUCCAACUACCAAAAUUUCUAUCAUCCACAAGCAUUUCCUCAAAUACCACUCCAAGCUGAAAACGAUUUUCUGCGACCCGCUCCGAGAAAUCCAGAGAGAGCCCAAUACGAACCUUUGAUGCCUGUGCCCAAUUAUUUGCCCAACAAUUGGGCUCUCGCCCGCCAGCAAAUGGCUAAGCAAGGUAUACAGCAAGUUCAACAAUAUCAAGAUCCCUCCAACCAAGUGUACUCGCAUAAAGAUAAGACAUCCCACAAUGAAGGUCAAAUGGGUCAAUUGCAAUAUCCAGAAUACCAAGAACGGCUUGCCAAUUAUUAUGGAGAGAACUACAGGCAGCCUUUACAACAGGAAAAUUGGUUACCAGAUGAAAGCAGGUACCCACAACAAGUGUAUCACCCCCAAGAAAAUGCAGUACCUAUGAUACCUGCAAAAACAGAAGGUACCAGCCAUGUGGCAGAACCCAUGCAGCCAGCUGUACCUAAUAAACCAUCAUCUGUAACAGUUGUUAACUCGAAACACGUCCAAGAAAAAAUGGCCCACGAUCUAAAACAUUCAAAAGAAAAUAUGGAACACGGUUCCAGUCAAACUAAAAUCAAACCCCUUCAAGACCAGUUUGCGGAACCUUACAAAAUGACUGAUGAUACCCAGGAUGGAUUAUCGCAUAUUCCUAGAGGAGCAAUUUUAUCUCUUACUUUGGGAUUAAUCAUAACUGGUGUAAUGGCGAUUCUUAUUGGUUGCCGAUUGAGAGUGGUGAGACGAAGAUUAAGAAAAGGUGGCAAGGGAUAUGCCCAUGAUGCCGAUUAUUUAGUUAAUGGCAUGUAUUUAUAAAAAAUAAUAUUCAGCUAUUGGAUAUGAUAUUAAAUGCAGCAACAAGUGCAGUUUUUUGUGAAAUAAAUUGGUCCCUGGAUGUGAAAACUAAUAAUUUCAAUAUCAGAGGUUUACUUAUAUCUACCAUGAAAUUUUAUAGACUUUUUACGUAAACAUUAGUAACAACGAACUGUAUACUGACUAAAGUUACUCUAAUGAAAUAUCAUACCUAAUUUAUGUUUGCUUUAGUUAUUUAAGUGUUUAUUGUUGGAAAAUUUUUCUAUUUAGUUAGAGUUAGAGUAGCUGCUUAUGCUAAUUUGCAGAUUCUGUGCCCCUUAUAUACUUUAUUCUCUAUUUAAACAAGUUUCUAAAUCGAUGAUUAAAAAUAUUUCUAUUAUUCAUACAUAAUCCAAUUAACUAAUUUUAUAAUCUAUCUAUUUGUAAAAAUAUUUAAUUGUAAAUAGCUUAUCUGUAUUAUCCGUGCAUCUACAAAAGUUGAAUGUUAAAUAAUAAAUAUUUACCAUAGUGUAAUAU